AUGGCUGAGAGGCAGACAUCUGAAAGAGCUACCCCGUUAGAAGUGCAAGAGGCCCAGCAGACAAUCGGACGCUAUGAUCUGUCCCUGCCUUCAGUUACCUGCAAGUCCUGCUUGACAAAAUGGACUCCUGGACUCAAGGACCUACAGGCCAGUGGUUACUGGCCUGGUAAUACAGGGAGUAUAUCUGGUGACAGUCUACAGCGUAGCUUCUUGGAGUGGACAUACUGUCGCCAUGAGAAAGACAAACUCCUAAACAACGAACAUUUCUCCUGCCCAGCCUGCGCUGAAGAUGUGGUGGCAAUCUCUGUUGAUGGAAACAGGAAGAUGUAUCGAUUCAGUCGGACUAAAGGACUGGGUGAAAAUCCAUACUUUGACGGUGCAUUUUUUGCAAAGGACAAAGAAGUGGCAGACUUUGUGGAGCUUAUUCGGAAUCGAGUCCAACCUGUGUCUGGAAAAGGGGUGUGUGGGAAAUCACGAUGGACAGCUGCAAGAGAGACUGCCAAAAAGUCUGGAUCAAAAGUGGAUGAAGAGGGCGUGGAGGUGGCUGUCUGUCGUCAUGGCAUGCUAUUCAAAGCCGUAAACAUGUUCAGAGGAGAGAUAUUUGCAUAUCCUCUUUUUCUGCAGAAAGAGCUUGCCAUGGCCUAUAAUAUACAAUUUAUUUGCACUGACAUCAUGUGCAAGUACUAUCCUUACUUACAGAAGGUGUGUAAGUUCUUCCCAGACCUGGUUCCACUCUUGCAAAAUAAGCCAUUCCUGUCUGUGAUGCACGCCAAGGGUCACUCUGGGAAAUGUGAGGUGCAGUGGGGUGGACGUAAUCAGGAAGGAGCAGGUAAGUUGUCCAACAUGUAGCAGAAAUUGACUAUCUAUAAAAAUGAAGCAAACCCUAAC